AUGCCACCCACCCACCACGCCCCCACAAACACGGGCGUAGUCAGAACAGAGGAGUCGAGCGUGAGUCCCCAAGAUGGCCCGGUCGACGCCCGUCCCUUCGGCCUCGACGACGACCUCCAGCAGCGGCAGGAGAACAGGCCUCGUCCGCCUCCCGAACCUCUUCCUUCAAAAGCUGAUUUACUCCUCCUCCUGACCUCGUCGACGGUGAGGUCACAGUGCCCCUGGCCGCGCGAGGUCACGGAGCUGAACGGGUCGUGCUUGUGCGCCUUCAACGUCGAGAACGAGCUGUCCAUCCAGUGCACGGCGGUCAACUUCACGCUCCUGAUGACGGUGCUGCACCAGCGCGCCGGCACCGUGCCCCUCGACCUCCUCUACGUCAACAACACGCGCAUCAGCGUUCUCAACGACAGGACCUUCGACGGCCUCAGCAUCGAGAACAUUCAGUUCUCGUCGUGCGGCAUCUACAACAUCAGCGGCGCCGCCUUCAGGGGCCUGGAGGACACGCUCAAGAACCUCAACCUCCAGGACAACCGCCUCACCGACGUCCCCACCGAAGCCAUCUCCAGCCUCCGCCAGCUGAGGCUCCUCGACCUCUCCGGCAACAGGAUCACGGCGGUGCCUGACGACGCCUUCAGGGGCCCCGCGCUCUCCACGCUCAAGCUGGCGGACAACGAGCUCUCCCUCUCAUCCGGGUCCUUCGCGGGCCUCGAACGCACCCUCAAGAACCUCAACCUGAAGGGGACGAAGCUCCGGUCCGUCCCGCCGGCCAUCCUCAACCUCCCGGUCCUCGCCUUCCUCGACGUCGCGCAGAACCAGAUCCGGGGACUCGAACCAGGCGCUCUACGGAACCUGCACUCCCUGACGGCGCUCAACCUCGAGAGGAACCUCCUGCAGAAGUUGGAGGCGGAGGACUUCCUGGGCGUGAACGACACCCUCAGCUCGCUCUCUCUGCUCAACAACCUCAUCACGGACUUCCCGGCGGCGGCGCUGAAUACCCUGACGGAGCUGAGGGUCUUGGACAUCGGCUUCAACCUCAUCACGCGCGUGCCCCUGAAUGGGUUUCGGUCCGUCACGUCCCUGACCCUCCUCGCUCUGGACGGCAACCCCCUCAGCUCCGUCCCCGAGAGAGCCUUUGCCCAUCUCAACACCACGCUUAGGGGCUUCUCCGUCGGCGGGCGGUUCCUGCAGUGCGACUGCCGCGUCGCGUGGAUCACCGAGUGGAUCCGCGACUACGACCUGCAGGUGACGUCGCGCGAACGCAACCCCCAGUUCUGCGGACAGCCGCCAGAGCUCCGCGAACGCUCCUUCUACCAGGUGAACCCCAGCGAGCUCGCCUGCAACGCCUCCGUCACCGAGACCCGCUGUUGCCGCCCUCAGAGGCUACCACGACCUCCGUCAGGACGACCCCUACCACGACCUCCACGACGGUCACGACCCCUGAGACUACGACGACUCAGGCACCUUCUACCACCACACCGCCGCCGCGCCGCCGCCGCCGCCGCCACCCAGCGGUCGGAACCUGACGCCACGUCCUACCGCCCGGGCACCGCCGUCAGGCCCGACAUCGCCAGCCGCUCCGACGAAGGCCCCACGGGCGUCGGGAGCGUCGGCAGCAUCCAGCGCGGCCCCGGGGGAGAGAGUCCUUCUGGAGGAGGCUCGGCAGGACGCCCCACCUCCUCCUCGUCGCCGUCCUUCGACCUCCCCCCCACCAGGUCCCAGCAGCGCCCCCCGAGGAUCGAGCGCCCCCCGUCGCAGCCCGUGCCCUCCGCCUCCAGGCCCAACCUCGUGCUCAGGACCAACGAAGACGAAGGCGCUGACGACUUCUUCGGAGCGAGGGCGCAGGUGCCCUAUGUGGAGGAGGUGAUCGUUCAACACGCCUACAGGAAGGACAACUCAGUCAUUAUUCAGUGGGAUUCUGAAGUCUCCAAUAUUCUAGGCUUCAGGGUGGUUUACCGGCUCUUCGGCGACAAGAAUUUCAAGCUGGGUCCUCCCCUCGCAGCCUCAGAGCGGGAAUUCAAGAUCAAGAACGUCCCUACCCAGGAGUGCAUCGUCGUCUGCGUCGUGUCCUUGGAGGAUGUGAACGUCACCCCUAGCAACGUCCAGCACUCCCAAUGCCGCGAGAUCCGGACGGAGACGUCGGCCGCGAUGCACAUGGACACCAUCAUCAUCGCGGCGUCGGCGGCCAUCUGCGGCACCGUCAUCAUCGCCGUCAUCGUCUUCAUCUGCUGCAACCGGAAGCGAGGCAGCCGCAGGGACGAGAAGAACGGAAUCCCCGCCGUCCUGAGCCCCGCCUCGCCCCCCCUCGCGUCCCUGGGCACGCUGGGCUCGGGGACCCUCGGGGGCGGCGGCCACAAGGCGGACUGGGACACGAUCUCCAUGUACUCGCAGCGGUCGAUCCCGAGGGCCAGGAUGUACCACAUGGAUAAAGGCUCCGUCAACAACGGCUUCAUCCCAGACGACGCGCGCUCUCACAUCUCUCACGCGUCGUCCAAACACAUCCCACGACCCCGCUCGAUGGCCGACGGGCAGAGCCAGAGGUCGUACUCGGCUCUGAGCGCCGCCCACCUCCGCCACACGCCCGCCUUCAACCCCGGGCUCGGUCUCUCUCGACAAGACCUCAGCUUGUCGCGGCAGUCGCUGGCGGCCUCGCAGUUCAGCGCCGGGGGCUUCGGGACGGGCAUGGCGGUCAACCCCAACGCCUUCGGGAUGGGCGCCGCCUCCGCAGGCCUCUCCCGCGCCGCCUCCCAGCGCAGCGACCGCCGGCGACAGCGCUCCAAGUCCCGCGACCGCGCCGGAUCCCGCCUCAGCCACGCCGGCUCCACGCACUCCCUCACCGGGUACGACACCGACAACUGGACCGACCACGACAUGGACAUCUACGUGGCAAGGAACCCGACUCGCGGGGGCCUCGUGCAGCUCUAGGACCCCCAGUAGCUGAGGUCGCGUCCAAGGCCAAAGCUCCUUUUUGCUUUCCUUUGAGGGAGUCUGUUCCUCUGUAGAGCUCGAGCCAUGAGACCUCGUUCAGCCGCAAGCCUCGUGUCUGCGCAGGGAAGGCUGCGAAGCCUCGGCAUUGAAGCCUCUCCGCCGCGGAAGGGCGUCGCGGCGACUCAGCACGAGAAACGAAGACCCUCGCCGCCUCAUGUGCGCCGUGAAUUCAUCGCAGCUCAAUCACGACGCCGGAUCUGGUCAUGGUCCGUCGCUGACCUCGGAGCCAUGGCAUACGUCGUGAACCUUGACCUUGCCCCCGAGCUAACGCGUGCUUGUGUGGGGGGCGCACAGUCAUAAGCAUAAAACCCAUGCCCCACACUUUUGUACCCAGUGUGUGUAUUCCAGCCAUGUGUUAGCUGUGUUAGAUAGUGGUUGUCAAGUUGUAUUUCGAAGGUCGUAUUGUCGUUUUUUUCUGUGAAUUGAUUUUUUGUAUAGUUUAAAAUGCUUUGUAUAGCAUUUUAUUUGUUGCGUGUGUCUGUGUGUGUGUAAAAGGCGUGAUGUUGAAAUGAUACUAAAAUCAACCUUAGGGUCUGGAAAGGCCUAUAGACCGAAGUUAUUGGAAUAACUAGAAAUUUACUAAUCAGAAAAAAACAGUGUUAUAUCUGUUUUGAUUUAUUUUACAUUGUUAUGCAAAGUGUGAAAGUUCUCGUGUUACCUUGUAAAAUUACAGGUUGUGUUUUUGAAGCCAGUUAAUGUGCAUCAAAGUUAUCUGCGGCUUCGUGUGUAUAUUACUGUGAUCACCGUUGAUAAGGAUUUCCCCUCUCUGUGUUGCAACUUUCUUAGGCGGAAUACAGGUGCGUCGUAAGUACAGUGCAUUAAAUUAUUACCAACGUUCUCUGUAUUUGGGGCGAAAUGCAAUAUGUUAACUUUAAGUCAUUCAUCAUUUUAGUCAUUCAUGGAUGUAAUUCAUCAUUUCAUAACAUAAAUUACACAUCAUUUGCAUAUCUUAGAUUAAGAAUAGCAGUUUACUCUGUUCACAAACUAAUAUACGUGAUUUCCCCGCUCCUUUCUAUAUAAAACGCGUUGUGAACCUACGUUAAGAGGUUACGCGAAAUAAGAAUAAAAAUAUGAAACAAAAUGGAAAACAAUUGUGAUAGGAAAAAAAACUUUUUUGUCUAUAUUUUUUGCACUGAGCGUUAACAUGGACAAGGAAGCAAGGAGAACUGAAGAGAAGUGACCAAGCUUGUGGAUGUUGCCAAGUUUAAACUUAGGUUACCUAAUUUCUAAGUGUCUUUAGUGUGUGCAGUAAGAAAUCGUGUACAAACAAGUGGAAGGGCUUACGAGCCCAAUCUCUGUAUUUAUUAAUACAUUUAUGUACGUACAUGCGUAUUUAUAUAUACUGUAUAUAUGUGCGGUAUACAUACAUACA